AUGUGUGUUUUUCGCUCCAUUAUCAUUGUUGCGGUUUUAACGAGUGUUAAUUGUAAUUGGGGACCUUUCCAAGCGGUUUUGUACUCUGAUUAUAUCACUUGUAAUCACAAUAAAACAUUCGAGUUCGAUGUCAGCGAAACAGUUGUGUACUUUUAUGAUUUCAAAAACAAUUUCAACGCCAGUUUUAAGAUAGACAAAGCAUCCAAUGGUUUAACAGAUUUUUAUAAUUUGGACGUCACAAGGAAACUUAUAUUCUUCGUUCCUGGAUACAAAUCUCACAUUUAUAAGAAUACAGAGGAAACCAUACGGCAGACGUUUAAAGAUGUUCCCAAUACAUAUCUUAUUAUAAUAGACCAUUCAGCGUACACAUCUGUUAAAGGCAGCGGGCGAAAAGACACCUACGAGAGGUCAGUGAUGUAUGCUUAUUCAUUAGGAAAAGCAUUGGGAAAAUUGCUAGUGGAUAUCCACGGUAAAGGAUAUCCAUCAAGUAAGAUCCAUUGUAUUGGCCACAGCUUGGGAGCACAGAUGCUUGGCUAUGCUGGAACAACAUAUAUAAAUAAAACAUCGGAGAAAAUUUGGAGGAUCACGGGUAUCGACCCAGCGGGACCCUGCUUUUCUAACAGUUUCAUCGAAGAUCAGAUCAGAUCCGGUGUGGCUGAGUACGUUGAAGUGUACCAUUGCAAUGCUGGAGGUCUAGGAACAACCGCUGUUCUGGCCGAUAUAGAUAUCUUUCUUAACAAAGGCAGAAAACAGCCAGAUUGCCACGAAGGUUACAUACCAGCUUACGGGGAGUCACAGGCUGCUAAAUGUAGUCAUAAAGCAUGCGUGAAAUACUGGGCAGAGACUGUGCACCAUCCUGGUUGGUAUUUAGCAUGGGCCUGCGAUUCGUAUAAAGAUUUCUCUAAAGGCAAAUGCGCUGGAAACGAAGUAACAAUUGCUGGUUACUCCAAUCCGGGGAAUGCGACCGGAGUGUUUUAUGUAUCCACUGAUGCUUAUGAGACUAAUUAA